AAACGGCACAGUUGAAAGAGAAACGCGUUCAAGAAAACAACUCGAAAGAAAUUUCCGCUUUUUAAUUAAAAAAAGUAAAGAAUUUCUGGAAGUUUGUGAUUUUGGUCAUAAGUAAAAAGGAAACAGCAAGAUAAACUCGUAAUAGUUUUGCAUUAAAAAUUAAAGGAAAGAAUUAGUAGCAGAAAAAAUGUCUGUGAUUGGUAUUGAUUUUGGAAAUGAGUCUUGCUACAUAGCCGCCGCAAAGGCUGGUGGUAUCGAGACUUUGGCUAAUGAUUAUAGCUUAAGAGCAACCCCAUCAUGUGUAGCGUUCGAUGGAAAGAAGCGUAUUAUUGGUGUGGCCGCCAGAAAUCAACAAGUCACAAAUAUGAAAAACACAGUGAGUGGAUUUAAACGUUUAUUGGGGCGUAAAUUUAACGAUCCCCAUGUUCAACGUGAACUCAGCAGCAUUCCAACAAAAGUCGAGGCAUUGCCAGAUGGCAGUAUCGGCUUCCGUGUAAAUUAUUUGGAUCAGGAACAAUCUUUCACACCUGAACAGUUGACCGCAAUGUUGUUCACCAAGUUAAAAGAGACAUCUGCCCAUGCGUUAGGCGCCCAGGUUAACGAUUGUGUUAUUACUUGUCCCGUGUACUUCACGAACGCUGAACGUAAGGCUGUACUUGAUGCUGCCCAGAUUGCCGGUCUCAAUGUAUUGCGUCUGAUGAAUGAGACCACAGCUACGGCUUUGUCGUAUGGUUUCUAUAAGCAGGACUUGCCCGAAGAUAAGCCACGUAAUGUCGUAUUUGUCGACUGUGGCCACUCAUCACUGCAGGUCAGUGCGUGUGCCUUUACAAAGGGCAAACUUAAAAUGCUGGCCAGUAGUUGGGAUCAAGUGGGUGGUCGGGACAUAGAUUGUGCUCUAGGCGAUCAUUUUGCUAAGGAAUUCAAUGACCGCUACAAGAUUAAUGCUAAAACAAAUGCUCGUUCUUGGUUGCGUCUUAUUACCGAAAUUGAAAAGCUGAAGAAGCAAAUGUCAGCCAACAGCACUAAACUGCCCCUCAGCAUUGAGUGUUUCAUGGAAGAUAUUGAUGUUUCGUCGAGCAUGCAACGUGCGCAGAUGGAAGAGUUGUGCGCUCCCGUUUUCAAACGGGUGGAGGCCACAUUUAGAAAGAUGUUGGCGGAGUCAAAACUCACCCUGGAUGAUAUUCACUCGGUGGAAGUUGUGGGCGGAAGCACUCGCAUUCCUGCUAUCAAGCAUUUAAUCGAACUGGUCUUUGGUAAGACGGCCAGCACAACAUUGAACCAAGACGAGUCAGUUUCCCGUGGAGCUGCCUUACAGUGCGCCAUAAUGUCGCCAGCUGUACGUGUACGAGAAUUUGGUGUUACUGAUAUUCAGAACUACGCCGUCAAAGUCACUUGGGAUGGUGAAGGUACUCUUCCCGGAGGUGGUAUCGAGGUGUUCCCCGUUUUCCACGCGGCUCCAUUCAGUCGUCUGUUGACUCUGAACCGCAAAGAGCCAUUCACUAUGACAGUGCAGUAUGCCCAAGCCGUUCCUUAUCCAGAUCCCACAAUCGGUCGCUGGACCAUCAAGGAUGUCAAGCCCAACGAUAAGGGAGAAUAUUCCGAGGUCAAGGUGAAAGUUAGAAUCAAUCACCAUGGUAUUGUCUUGAUUUCGAGUGCCUCAUUGGUCGACAAGAAGGAGCCGGAAGAACCAGCCACCCCUCAACCAUCAGAGCAACAAUCAAAUGCUGAACAGCCGGCUGCCGUUGAAGGUCAACCACCAAAUACUGGCGAACCAAUGGAUGUAUCACAAGAGGCUUUUUAUGAUUAUGAGGAUGAUAAUAAUACAACAGCCUCAUCGCCUGGACAAGGACAAGGGUGGGCUCAACGGGUCAAGGGCUGGUUUACUGCGGGUUCCGAAAAGAAAAAGAAAUCAGCGAAAUUAAUUGAAUUGCCCAUGGAUUUCCAUACACAUGGACAUUCGCCAAAUGAUUUGAGUAACUUAAUUCAACAGGAGGCUAAGAUGGUAACCAAUGAUGCCAAGGAAACUCAGCGCAUUGAUGCUAAAAAUGCUUUGGAAGAAUUUGUUUAUGAAAUGCGUAACAAAUUACAGGGCGGACCUCUGGAAAGUUUUGUGGUAGAAAGUGAGCGUGAAGCCAUCUGCUCACAACUUAAUGAACUGGAGAACUGGUUGUAUGAGGAUGGAGAAGAUUGUGAUCGUGAUACUUAUGUUGAUAAACUCAAAGCGUUGCACAAUCAAACCAACCCCAUCAAAGAUAGAGCCAGCGACUUCGAACUAUGCCCAAGAGUGUUUGAAGAGCUUAAGCACGCCAUCAACAAUGCUCGCGCUGCCGUCAAUGAGUUCAAGAAGGGAUCUCCCAGAUACGACCAUUUAACUGAAACCGAAUUCAUUAACAUAGCCGAACAUGCUGAAAAGGCCCAAAAAUGGCUUGACACCAAUAUGGCUAAAUUCGCUCAGACGCCAAGAACCGCAGAUAGCCCUGUAAAGGCAGCCGAUAUACGCAACGAAGUACUGACUGUCAACACCUGCGUUAAUUCGGUGAUCAAUCGUCCUAAACCAAAACCAGCAUCGAAGCCCGCACCAGCCAAAGAAAACACAGGUGGAGCUGAACAACAAAACGGUGAAAAUGCUAGCAAAUCAGAUGCCGACAAAUCGGCGCACUCCAACAGUGUACCAGAUGAUUCAACGAUGGACGUAGAAUAGGCAGGCCGAUGUCCAUUACAAGAAUAACUAGCUAGCAGUAUAGAUGUAUAGAAUUUGUAAGACAAGCACACAGAAUACAGUUUGUUUUGAGCGAAAUUUAAUGUUUGAAGGCUUUUAACAAAAAUAAACACAUAGACAGACGAUGCAUACACAAAAUAAACGAAGUAAAACUUAAUAAAAACCAAACCAACCAACCUACUCUUCAUUUUUAAACUUAAAAUGUCAUUUAAUUAAAAAAAAACAACGUAAAUAAAUUUCUCUCUAAACUCUACAAAACUAAAAUAAACUUUAAACAAAUCAAACCAACCACAAAACUAAACAAAAUUAUUAUUAAUUUAUUUAAUUAAUUAUUAACCAAACAUAAUUAACUUUGUAUUUCUCCAGCUUUUAUAAGUUUAUUCUCUCUUACCUAAACAGCCCCUCCCUACCCCUUCAACCUAAUAUGCAAAACUCAAGAAACAAAAAUAGUAAAAUAACAAUCAAAUAAACGUUAGAUCCAUACAUAUGGAUUCAAAAAUGAA